UUUUAUUUUCUUUAUGGAAUCCACAAGAGAAACAGAAGUGAAAGAGACGAUUGAUAUCUUGACUGAGAUGGCUACUCUGUUAAACACAGGUCUUGAUCGAGAAACAGUCAGUUUAUGUGUGUCAUUAUGUGAACGAGGUGUUAAUCCAGAAGCACUUGCUAAUGUGAUCAAGGAACUACGUAAUCUUGAACAAAAGCCCAAUGAAUAAAGAGAUACCCCCAUUAUUUUAUAGUCUAUUUUUUCUUUCUUUUUUUUUUUUUAUUAAUGAAACGAGCUCCAUUAACUUUGUC